AUGGCAACCGUCUUCAAACGAAGUUACCAGGAAGGUUCUAGCUCCAUCCUUAUCUAUAUAAAGGAGUCAUUUCCAUCUCCAUUGGCAUCUCAAGUUUACUACACAGAAAUUAAUACAAUACGUUCCCCCUCGAUCCCCCGUAUCCGUUCAGUAUCUCCGGCCAUGUAUCAGACAGCAAAGGCCUCAGAGUAUUUGGUGAUCACUGGCUGCGGGAUUGACGACAUAAAAAUCGCAAAGAAAGCAUGGGUACUUCCUGGCCAAUCCUACUCCGUCUUGGACAUUUCUCCGGUGAACUAUACUUUUGAAGUCCAGGCCAUGAGCUCCGAGAAACUUCCCUUCAUUCUCCCCGCUGUAUUCACCAUUGGUCCAUGUUCCGACGACGAUGAAAGCCUCCACAAAUACGCAAAGCUUAUCGCUCCUCAUGAUAAGCUAUCAAACCAUGUGAAGGAGCUUGUCAUGGGGAUCAUCAAGGGGGAGACCCGUACUCUCGCAGCGUCCAUGACCAUGAAAAAGGUUCUCGAAGGGGAUCUUAAGCAGGAGAUGCUGAAGAAGGUUCAGCCGGAACUAAAUCAGUUCGGGUUGUGGAUCUACAACGCCAAUUACAAGCAGUUGGCCGACGUUCCUGGACACGAGUAUUUCUCGUACUUAGGGCAAAAAGCACAAAUGGAGGCUACAAGUCAAGCAACGGUCGACGUUGCUGAGGCCAAAAUGAAGGGUGAAGUUGGAUCAAAGCUUCGUGAAGGGCAGACGUUGCAGAAUGCAGCGAAGAUAGAUUCGGAGACGAAGAUCAUAGCUACACAGAUGCAAGGACAGCGGAAGAAGGAGGAGAUAAAGGUGAUGACGGAGGUGAAGAUGUUCGAGAACGAGAGGGAGGCUGAGGUGACUGAAGCGAAGGUGGCGCUGGCAAUGAAGAAGGCAAAGUGGGCUAAAGACUCACAGGUAGCCGAGGUGGAGGCGAGUAAGGCGGUGGCGCUCCGGGAGGCUGAGUUGCAGAAGGAGGUUGAGAUCAUGAACAUGUUGACUCAAACCGAGAAACUCAAGGCUGAAUUCUUGAGCAAAGCUGGCGUUGAGUAUGAAACCAAGGUACAAGAGGCGAAAUGGGAACUUUACAAGAAGCAAAAGGCCGCUGAUGCAAGUCUCUACGAGAAAGAAAAAGAAGCGGAGGCUCAGAAGGUGUUGGCGGAGGCGACACUCUACUCCCACCAAAAAGUCGCCGACGGUGACUUGUAUGCAAAACAGAAAGAGGCGGAGGGUCUCGUUGCUCUUGCCCAAGCUCAAGGUACACGUAUACGCACCCUUUUGGAUGCCUUCGGAGGUAACUACACAGCGUUCAGAGAUUAUCUGAUGAUUGAUGGAGGAAUGUAUCAAGAAAUCGCCAAGAUUAAUGGUGAGGCAGUAAAAGGUUUGCAGCCAAAGAUUAGCAUCUGGGCCGGCGCAAGUGGUGGUGGACAGGGCGGUGAUGGUGGUGCUAUGCAGGAAGUCGCCGGGGUGUAUAAAAUGUUGCCGCCGAUGUAUAACACGGUGCAUGACCAAACCCGGAUGCUGCCACCAACUUGGACGGGGGAAAUCACCGAACCCUAA